GAUGCUCACCUGUAUUCAUUGGUGCCGAAGCAGAUUUUGCAUUUUGGGAAUACAUGUGCUAUGCUGGGGCAUUAUGUAUAAAUAUCCCAGCUGCUGAGCUGUCUUUAUAAUUGACCUGGCUCCGUUUGUUUGCGAACAUACAGACAUUCAUCGCGAAAAUGCCUACUCAGUUGGAAGGUGCCAUGGAUACCAUGAUCCGAAUCUUUCACCAUUACUCGGGCAAAGAGGGUGACAAGUACAAGCUGAACAAAGGAGAACUGAAGCAGCUCUUGCAGAGCGAACUGACAGACUUCCUUGCUUGCCAGAAGGACCCUCAGCUGGUUGACAAGAUCAUGAAUGAUCUGGACUCCAAUAAGGAUAAUGAAGUUGACUUCAAUGAAUUUGUGGUGCUGGUGGCAGCUCUGACUGUUGCCUGCAAUGACUUCUUCGAGGAACAGCUACGGAAGAAGGGGAAAUAGAUGUGAUUCGGGAGUUACUGUGAUGAAUCCCGCAGGAAGCGAUCAUCAGCCUGUAACACAGAAGAGCAUCAAUGUUGUAAAAAUAUGUUGUUCUAUGGCAUUAAUUUUUCAGCAAUAAACAAUAAAUAAGGGA